AUGUCAAAUCACGGCUAUUCCCAAAACAAGUCGCAGGAUACGUGCCGGGCCGGUCAGACUGGUCAGAGUUUGUCGCACUGCACAUCGCCCACACUCGGAUCCGUCCCUGAACACCACCAACAUUCCUACUCGGGCGCCUCGUCGUCGUGGUCAGUUCCUUUCAUAGGCUCCCCCAAUGCCAGAUAUGAAACAUUCAAAAUAAGGCCGGGCUUGGGUCGAGGCAAAAGCUUUCUCAGAAGAUCGCGAGAAACAAUCAGCGACGAUGAGGGCUACGAUAUGUCAUUGCUGAAGUCGGCUGCUCCUCUUGGAUCGUCAGACCCUCAAGAUGCUGCCGCCGCUAACGAGCCUGUCGAGCCCGUCUUUGAUGUGUCGUUUUUUUCGGGGCCUAUGGGCUCUCAGGACGAGGAGUUUUUGCGGAACUUGCAACAGCAAGAAGCGAACGGCAAGUUGACAGGAGGCUUGGGGGCUGGCCUAGGCAUGAACCCCAACACGAGGAUCAAUGGUGAAGAGCUCUUGACUACCAGUCCCACUCUGAAGCGUAGCUUCUCCCGGUCCCUGUCAUUCAGGCAAAAACCCACCAUCAAAGGCCUGGGACAAACCGAGGCCAACAAGCGAGGCGAGGUGAUUGAGGUCAUCAUAGAAGAACCAUCAGAUAUCGAUUUGAGCUCGAUGGUCUGCCCGAGUCCCCUGGGUAUAGAUCCAAAUCAUAUGAGGCGUACAACACUUCCAGUGGCGCAGAGCAAGACGGAGGUAUUUUACCCUCAACCUAAUUGGAAGCCGUUCAGCAUGAGAUGGCCAUACCUACUAAGCCUUAUUCUGGUAUCGCUUGGCCUCUCCAUAGGCGUGGAGUUGUUGUGCCAGAAGUCGGCGCUGGAACCGUUGAUGAGAUUCAAGAGCGGCGAUGACAUCAGUCCUUUGGACUACUUCGUGCUGAAGUUUGUGCCAACGCUCAUAACCGUCUCGUAUGGUGUUUUGUGGCAAAUUACCGACAAUGAAGUAAAGCGACUUGAGGCUUUCUACCAGAUGAGCAAGGAAGGGGGGGCAUUGGCAGCGGAGUCCAUCAACGUCGACUACAUCACUCAAUUCAACUUCACGAGGCCAUUCCGUGCCUCCCAGCGACGACACUACGCGGUGGUUGUCUCAUCUAUCUCAACACUCCUGGCCGUCUCUUUGGUCCCGACCCUUGGCACUGCCUGUCUUGUCUUGAAUCCGAGCAGAGAAGAAAGAAGGCAGCGCAGUGAUGUUGAGAAGACCAUCAUAAUCAACCCUGUACUGUCUCGGCUUCUCUCUUCCGCCUUCGUGCUCCUAGCGCUGCUAGGAAGCGGGCUGUUAUACCAACUGCAGUCUCGACGUUCUGGCCUGCUCGCCGAUGUUAAGGGAAUUGCGGGGCUCGCUUCCAUGGCCGUUGUAAGUCAUAUCAUGACGGAUUUCAAAGACAUGGACGUGUCGAAGCCAAAGGACAUCCACUACAGGCUGAGAAACCAUCGCUACGUACUACGAAACUCCUCAUUGGCUCCAGACGAUGAAAACCCGCCAUCCACACAAGAGGCCGACAGAUACACAAUUUCGCACUUGCCGGAAAACCCUCACCCUCUCAUGCUGCGUGCCGAAGGUGGAAUGCCGUUUAUCUUCUCAAUUGCACUCUUCCUUGGUUUCAUUCCAUUGUUUCUCUUUACGCCAGUGAGCGUGUUGACGGAUAAAGCCCCCUGGGUGGUGACGGCACUUGCAGUCGCCAUCAAACUGAGCUGGGGAAGCCUGGAAACGGCCAUCCGUAUGAUGGAACCUUAUUACAUAUUGAGCAAGCGGCACGCGUCUGCGAAGACCCUCACGCUCGACUACACUGCUGUGCCGUUUGGCUACGUUGCUUUGAGAGCCCUUUGGAACAAGCACUGGAUGGUAGCCCUCGUGGGCUUUGGUACCGUUCUUGCCGAGACACUUACCAUCUUCGUUACGGGCCUAGCGACGGUCGAAGGCAAACUAUUUCUCGACAAGAUCCAAGCUCCGCCGGACCCAAAUCACGCCGGCGGCGGCCUAGGAUCCAAAACACCUGAUCAGUCGCUAAAUGGAGGCCAAGAAACCUUUCUUUCGGCCUCCGUCUCUGUAUUGUUCACCGUCUUCAUCCUGGUCUACAUGGCUUUUGUCUCAACUAUAGUCUUCACGAGAAGAAGACAUCCUUUCCUGCCCAGACAGCCAAACACCAUCGCCAGUGUACUCGCCUUCAUGCACCAGAGCAAGAUGCUCUACGAUUUCGUUGGUACGGCCAAGUUCAGCAACGCUGAAAUGGUGCGCAAGCUUGAGGGAAUUGGCAAAACGUACGGGCUGGGCUGGUUUGAGGGCCGGGACGGCCAGACGCAUUGUGGUGUCGAUGAAGAGGAGUUGACGGGAAGCUACAAACACGGUAUUGACUAUUCCCAGGGGAAUAAGCCGUGGGAUACGGAGUGGCAGACAUUCUAA